GCAGUCUUUAUAGUAUCUGGUAGUAGAUAUAGAUCAACUGGCCGAUGCGGGGCGUCACGUGGUGUUCAGCUGCGAUCCACGAUCCGCGACGAACUCAACCGUGAAUUGCACAAUCGCCAUAAUGAACCGGACUUACGAGAAUGCACUCAGACUCCUCCAGACGAGACGACGGUCUCGACCCAAGACCAUCGUCUCCAAGGCACCCUUGGAUCCAGCCAGCGGUUCCGGAACCCAGCCCCUCAAAGGCCUACCCAGCAUCGUGGGAAUGAAAGAAUGGCUCCAGGAUCUAGGGCAUUCGGAAAAUGACGUCAACAACCUCAACGUCGUCCACAUCGCCGGAACCAAAGGCAAGGGCAGUACAUGUGCCUUCACCCGCUCCUUCCUCCAAACACACGGAUUGCGAACCGGAUUCCCCAAGCGCGUGGGCCAAUACUGCUCCCCGGACUUGCGAUUUAUUCGAGAGAGAAUACAAAUUGACGGGAAGCCGAUAUCGGAGGAUCAAUUUACGCGGUAUUUCUUUGAAGUGUGGGAGCGUUUGAUGCCCGCCGAGUCGGGGGUUGGUGAACCCGUUCGACAACCGGCGUAUCUCCAGUUUAUCCUGUUGCUGGCAUUGCAUACUUUCAUCCGGGAAAAGGUCGAGGCGACAAUCCUGGAAACACACAAUGGCGGCGAAUUCGACUCGACCAAUGUGGUUGCGAAACCGGUCGCGACGGGCAUUACAGCCUUGGGAAUGGACCAUAUUCUGCAACUCGGCCCUACGAUUGAAAAUAUCGCGUGGCAUAAGGCUGGAAUUAUGAAACCUGGGGUGCCGGCUGUUUCGAUGCUUCAGGAUGCUGGUCCUGCGGAGGUGCUGCGCAAACGCGCCGCGGAGAAAGGGACCAGUUUGGAAUUCGUCCCGGUCGAUGAGACCCUUCCGGAUAAUAAGAAAGUACUGAGUGUUCCAGUGCAGCGUCUGAACUGCUCCAUUGCACUGGCACUUUCCAAGAACUUUUUGCGGGCGACAGCUCCUGGCCAGGAGCUGACUGCGGAGGAUAUCGCCCGAGGCGUUGAGAAUUUUUCCUGGGCUGGACGAUUCCAGGUUAUCGAGGAAAGAAACUCGCAGUGGUUCUUGGAUGGUGCUCAUAACACAUUGAGUAUUGUACAGGCUGCGCAGUGGUUUGCCGUGAAUAGCUCCCCGGAAAAAUGCCGUAUUCUCAUCUACGCUCAUAUCUCAGACCAACGUGAUGGCGAAGAAAUGGCUGAAACUCUCGUAAAUGCUCUUCUUGAAGAACACAAUCUGAGGCCCGAUCAUGUUAUCUUCACCACGUACGAUGAAACAGAAAACGGGUCCACCAGAAUAGACCAAACACUUAAAUCGUCGGAAAAGCGCUUCUCGGACGUUAUAGCCGGAUACGUUUCGAUAUGGAAGAAGGUUGACCGGCAAGCAACGGUGUCGACUGAGCCAACAAUCGAGAAAGCUCUUAAUCUCGCCAGAAGACUGGGUGGUGAAAAGGGCAUGCAGACCUUGGUGACAGGGAGUUUGCGGUUGGUCGGUGGUGCGCUGAACCUUCUAGAGGCAUAGAUGUUUAUAUUGCGUGAUAUAUAGAACUUCAAUAGACCAGCAUAGAUUCAAUGGAUACUGACUUAGGAGUAUAUAAACCACGUGAUUUU